AUGAUUAAUUUCUAUAACAAAUGUGAAAAAUUUGAUAAGGCCAUUGAAUUAUUUGAUAGCGUUCCAAAAGAUAGAGUAGAUACGACAUCAUAUAAUUGUGUAAUUCAAUCCUAUAUUGGAAAAGGUGAUUUAAAUAGAGCAAUAGAAAUACUUGAUGAAAUGCAACAUCUAAAUAUUUUACCUAACUCUACAACGAUGACCAUUAUUUUAACAGCUUGUGCUGACAGCAAGAAUUAUGAGCAAGGAUUGAGGGUGUUGAAUAUAGUUGGAGAAAGCAAACUUUCUAGUACUCAGUUGAUGACCUCAAUGAUUAAUUUCUAUAACAAAUGUGAAAAAUUUGAUAAGGCCAUUGAAUUAUUUGAUAGCGUUCCAAAAGAUAGAUUAGAUACAAGUUUUCACAACUGUUUAAUUCAAUCCUAUAUUGGAAAAGGUGAUUUGGAUAGAGCAUUUAGUAUUUUUAAUCACAUGAAGGAAUACUGUUCUAUUCAACCUAUUAUCCCUGAUACAACUACGUAUUUGGUGUUAUUGACAGGUUGUGCAGACAGAGAAUCUCUGAGCAAGGAUUGA